GAGAAAGCCAUAAACGCAUCGGAGGAAAAGGGAAAGGGAAGCUCAUCUCUCUAUCUGUGUGUGUGUGUGUAGCCUAUGUGAAGACAGCUGCAAAAGGAAGAUGCUGUUGAGUUUGUUGGCAGUGGCGGUGGUUUCAGCAGCUGUCCUGUACGUCCUCUAUCACUGGCUCAUCCCUGCAGCUGUGCAGAACAGCGGCUGGCUGGCGCUCAUCUGGCACGAUGUCAUCCUUGAGCGGGUCCUGAACAUCACGACGGGAUCAUCACGACCUCAGCGCAUACUGAAAGCUGUUCAAAAGAACGCCACAAAAGGCGACUCUCAGAGCGUGAUCUCAGCCAUCGACUACUACUGCCGGCACAAAGAAUGGGCCAUGAACGUGGGCGAUGAGAAAGGGCUCAUACUUGAUUUAGUGUUGACGGAGGUGAACCCCAGCAUGGCUCUGGAGCUUGGCACAUACUGUGGUUACUCCAGCGUUCGUAUCGCUCGACUGCUGUCCCCCAACUCCAAACUCAUUACCGUCGAAUUCAACCCAGCCUUUGCCGCCAUUGCUCGUCAGAUCAUCGCCUACGCCGGCCUUCAGGACAAAGUUACUAUAGUGGAGGGAGCCUCUGGUGAUUUGAUUCCUAAAAUGAAGGAGCGAUUUGGAUUAAAAUCUUUUGAUUUUGUGUUUUUGGACCACUGGAAAGAUCGUUACGUCCCAGAUACUAAACUUCUUGAGGACUGUGGUCUACUCAAAAAAGGCACUGUCCUGUUGGCUGACAACGUCAUUUGUCCUGGAGCCCCAGAAUAUUUGAAAUAUGUGAGGAACAACCCACGCUAUGAGAGCCGAUACUACCCGUCCUACCUGGAGUACACCAAAGCAGAAGAUGGCCUGGAGAAAUCUGUCUUCUUAGGAUGAGGAAGAUCUCAUUUUACAAGCAGAUGUUUAUAAAUGGUUGUGUUAAACAGGGGCGAAACAAGGUGGAAAUGAACAAGCCAAUUCCUCUAAAAUACCCAAUGUUUCUGUCUUGUGAUGCCAUGUCUUCUAAGAUCAGACAAACUGAUCUUUUUGUCCUUACCAAAAAAAAAACUGUCACAAUGUAAUGCUGUGAAAUGUCAUUGUACACCAUUUCUACUGACCUAUGGUUUAAGAUAUUUUACAAUACAA